AUGGCUUCUUUGCAUGAACUGCGUCUCAACAUCUCCAAUCGAACAAAACUUGCAUGGACCAUUUAUUACGUUCACUAUGGACAUGCCCUCGAGCUUCUUGGAGGCAUGGAGUCCACACCAAAACCUCAUGUCAUGUUGAUCUCAUGUCUACUCUUCAUUGCCAUGGAAAAUAUCCGCAAUGUCCCUCAACAAGCUUAUCUCCAUCUCCAGCACGGUCUACAGAUUUUGCAACGGUACAAACACUCGCGAAGAAAUUGUGACCUGUCGUCUUCUGUUGACGAAAUGAUCGCCUCCCUUAUCGAACCCAUGUUCGCCCAACUAGAAGCUGCAGCGUCUAUGGUUGGGAAUUCCGGGAUAAAAUCCAUUGGAAGCUUACAGUGGAAACCUCCAGUUGUUCCCACUACUUUCCGGAGUCUUUCUGAGGCCCGCGAGAAAUUUUUUGAACUUGGGCAAUGGUUAUACUUCCAGUCGAAACGUUUUCGCUCUCUCGAUUGCUUCACAGUGGGUAAUCGCCCAGAUAUCAACGCAUUGUGGGAAGCCUGGUACCGACGAUUCUCGGUUUUGACAAAGAGCAUCUCUACCAAGAAUACUCGGCAGUAUUUGCAAGCUCGCCUUCUUAAUGUGCACUAUCAUGUACAUGUUAUUUCGCUGCGUUGCCAGCAGUUCCCUUACGAAUCUGUCUGGGACCGUCACAUUUCCGAACUCCAAGAUCACUUGGCCGUCUGCUACGAAGUUUGUCAUAGCGAAGAAACAUACAAUUCAAAGGAAGAGCUGUCCAGUAUCGACUUUGACUUUUUACCGGGAGUGCUUCCACCCCUGUGGCAAAUUUGUGUGAGUUGCCGCGACCCUGUAUUGAGACGUCAGUCCUUGGACCUUCUCCGCCUUCACCACUACCGAUGUGGACACGCAGAUGAUUGCUCUGCUGUUGUGCAUGCCGAAGCAAUUAUGCGCUUGGAAGAAGCCGAAAUUAACGAAAUACGCACGUGCCACGAUAUUCCCGAGAUAAGGCGAGUGAGGCCUCUCGAGGCGGACUUGACUCGACCAGGGUUGUUAGUUUUGACUUAUUCUCGCGCUCCAUACGCGUCCAGAGAAGUGAUCUCCGUACCAUACAUAUCAAAAACGCCGGCCCCAGUACUACCGUUCAAACUAUGGCCUGUCGGAGAAGCCAUGAGGCUGGCAGGAUACCAGGGCAUGAUCCGGCCGCGAGCAAAUGUCUGCCAGUGCAAAUCAUAUGGAGCACAAUAG